AAAGCAGGAAGCGACACUGGAUCGACUGGACUGAGAGCCUCAUGUGUUCAGAGUAUCGAAACUCCACGAGUAGGCUGUUUGUUUUGGGCGUUGAAGAAAACACGUGGGAGAAAUAUACAUAGCCUAUAUAUAGAGGAGUCCGAGGGUAUGGAGCUGCGCUUUUAAACUGUCCGUUAUGGAGAUGACAAACGAAAAGGCAGCCUGUCAAGUCCACGCAGUUUUAAUGGAGCCAGAGCCCGAGCCCGAGCCCGUGAGCCGUCUGAGGACAAAACCCGAGCCCGUGAGCCGUCUGAGGACAAAGUACCGCUCACUGCGGCGACAGGUGUGCCUCAUCCAGUCCAUCAGCGUGCUCUUCUGCUUCAGCUGCUGCCUGUUCACGCUCCUGUAUCACGCGUUCCCGCCGACCUGCAAGGAAAAUGGAACCAAGGAGGCACUUACAUUUGGAAUGCAGUAUCAAGGUGCUGAAUCGCAUAGCAGAGAAGAUACAAUCCCGACAGAAAGAAACACAUCUUUCACUCGCUUGACAGUUAAAGACAAUGUUAGGUUCACUAAAGAAGAAGGAUAUGUGCCGUGGAUGUAUACACCAGAGUAUCCGACACCAAAUCAUACCAGAUACUUCAUCCUGGAUGAUGAUAAUGAAUCUCUGAAAGUCCUUCAUGGCGGAACAUACAAGGUUUCUCUUCAGAUUACGUACAGAAAAUUCAGUGAAAACACAGAGGAAAUAUUUCUGCAACAUGAUAUUCGUCAUUAUACUGAUGAAUAUGAUAGACCCCUGCCCCUUCUCACCCACUGGGAAACAGUCAACCUCAAAUACUGGAGGAAAAGUCUGUUCUCUGAGGGUAUUUUUUCUCUCAAAUCUGGGGACAGACUCAAGGUGUGGUCCAAGAAUCGGAACCUCAUUGACGUUGGAGGGACAAUUUCGCAAAAAACAGCCUUUGUGGCAUAUCCUCAUUUUUCCACAUGAGGAUACGGCGAAUAUAGAAAUCACAAAAAAGGCCAUUUCUUUUGUAGCUUUGCAUAAAAAUCAAAAGGGCUGCCAUGAAGUAUCACAUUCAUCUGAGAUGACCUUAUGGUCUAAACAGACUCUUCUUCUGUCAACAGAAUAAUUUGAAUCUCAGAUUUAUUUGUGCUAUAAUCAAUAGCAGAGGUAUGUACAGAAGAAAACCCUUAUGAAAAAAUACUGCAUUGGCUUGGGUUUUUAAAACAUUUUUAAGCACUACAACUGUGGAAGAAUUGUAAUUUAGUAAUGAAGUUGUAUUUUUGUUUCAUUUUGAUUGAAUUUGGUACGAAAAUAUACCGUUGUAUGCAUUAACACACUUUAUA